AUGCCUGGUACUGGCACGGCAAACCCCCCCGGACUGGUCUUGCACUGGGAGAGAAGAUCAGACCCGUCUGUACAGGAUCACAUAUCCUCCAGACAUCCGACCACUGUACGGCUGAUCGGCCAUGCUGUCCUGCCAAUAUCCCGGACAAACAAACCUAUCCAUGCGGACAUGGAUAUGGACAUGGCAACAACGCAGAAAACCACCACUGGAUCCCAGAGCCACCGCAGCAGAACCCCAACUCCUGCUCUCCGGGAGUGCAUCAACCAAGACAUUGCGGUCCUGAAGGCCAACAGGAUCAGAUCCCCAGCUGCUCCGCCCCGACUUUCACCUGUCAAGGCUAGCUUCACUCGGUUCGAGAGCUGUGAUCGCUUCGACUGCUGCGAGGAUACCUUCUUCAGCAAGUGCGAGUAUUCCACCGAGGAGUCGAUGGAGACGGGCCACCACCACGACGCGGACUUUGAGACGAGGUCUUAUCAUCGUCGGCGUCCGUGGGUGAAUCGUCAGGUACAUCGCAAGUAUUAG